AUGGAGAAAACAUCCUUAGUCUACAACAAGAAUGGAACACUACACAUUGUCUCAGCUGACCUAUCACCAUCAUUAUCCUCUGCAGUCAUCCUCGUCAUCAGUUUCCUGCUGGGCGUCAGCUACAACCUCAUCGUGACGACCGCUAUUUUGUCCAACAAGAGACUCAGGAGGUCGCCGUUCCACGAGGUUCUCGUAUUGAUUUGUACUACUUGUCUACUUGAUUGUUUAAUGACUGAAAGUCUCGCCUUUGGGUUCGUGUUGGGUUCACGUACCGACUUCUGUAGGACCUCCGCUGUAGUCUUCCUGAUCUUCCUCUUCGCUCACUCAGCUUCCCUCAGUCUUCUUUGCCUUGAGAGGACUUUCACACUCCGUGAACAACCAGUUGCAGUCAAGGUGUGCAUGGCAGGAGCAUUAUCCAUUUGGAUUUUGGGAUUGCUUCUAGUGUCGCCUUUGUUCAGUACCUUAGAUAUCCACUAUUUCCCAAACAGGAAAACUUGUGGACCUGUCACAAAGGAUCUCUCAUUUCCUCUACUAACUAUUUUUGCUUUUUUACUUACAUGGAGUAUACAAACAGUGUGUGUGUUCAUGUGUGUGUUGUCAGUUCAAAAAUAUCUCGACAAUCAAAAACAAAUCACAAUUCUAUCAAUUUUUUCCAAGUCAAACGAAGAAUCUCUUCAUUCGGUUACUCCAUUGGUGAACAACGGUAAAAACAAGAUUUCACUGAUGAUUUUAUUUCUUCAAGUUCUACUUCUACUUCCCUUGACAAUUUCUCUAAUGGUGAAUCAUUUCCAAGACCCCAUGUUUGAACCAGACCCUUGGAUAGACCCAAGAUUAGGUGAUGACACAAUCCGUGUAGUAGUUACAAACGAUCUGGAAUCUCUAUUUGUGUAUUGUCGAUACAUGUAUAAUGCCUUAGUGCCUAUCAUUGUACUAUCAUCAGAUGGAGAUGUGAGACUGCAGAGUAGACUGGUAUUUUGUUGCAAGAGAAAUGUGAUAGCUGUUAGUUCGGAUGUUCCCACAGAACAUUAUUCUUCUGAACCACAGACUUUAUCUUCAGUGAAUACUCCGAUUCUUUUCGCUACUUCCAAAGGUAUUCACUUGAGAGUCUCUCGAAGAUCACAUCCAACAGAACAAAUAAUGGAAAAGACUUUAACCUUUGAAGUGAGCUUUUGCGAUUUAACUGACACCUUCAAUGUUGAUCAAGCGACUUUCACCCAAGAGAUGAAUGAUGCAGCUACUGCUAGUCAUCGUGAUGAUUUGGUUGCUGCCGAAGAUGAGAACCCAGCUAACAAGAAGAAUGUGCGCUUUUCCUCCAAAGUAGAUGCGUUUUCUCCUUUACCAAACACUGAUUGGAACGCAAGCAAAGAAUUGGGCCAUUCGCACACUCAUGUUAUUGAAUCUCCACUUUUUGUAAAAGGGGAAAACAAGUUAUCAUGAUUGUUAUUGUCACUUGAGGUUUUCUUCCUUGUGGUUAGUGUAAAAUGUAAUGUUUUUAAUAAGAGUGCAAUUUCUUUUGUUGCUUUAUUUUACAAUAUCUUAAUCCCAAAUUUAAAACUAAGAGU